AUCAACGGUUUUCUGGGGUCCUUAUUCAUUGUGGGACACAACAAUUAGCUGUGGCUAACUAUCUCGCCAGUUAUAAUUUUAUUGGCACUGUGUGCAACAGCAUGCAAAUUUCGUCGAAAGUUUUGGUUAAAAGAAUAUGAGCAAAGAUUCCAAGAUGAGAGCAACAAUCAAUCAGAAGUUAACUGAGAUGGGUGAACGAGAGCGAUUGAAGGAGUUGCUCAGAUCUAAACUCACUGAAUGUGGAUGGAGGGAUCAGCUGAAAGCUCAUUGCAAAGAUGUCAUCAAAGAAAAGGGCUUGGAGCAUGUGACUGUCGAGGACCUUGUGGUGGAAAUCACCCCUAAAGGAAGAGUUCUGGUGCCUGACAGCGUGAAGAAGGAGCUGCUGCAGAGGAUAAGAGCCUUCCUGGCUCAGCAUGCCACAUAAUUGAACCAGCGUGAUCUUUUUUUAAACCCUUUUGCUAUCAGAUUUGUUAUAGAGCGCUUGUUUUCUUUUUGCCAUCAUGCUGUUAUUAUUAGUUAUGUGACGCAAUCUUCCAUCAUGAUUUAGACUUAUUCAAUUGCUUUGUUCAAUGUCCGAUUUUUAAGUUCUUUACACGAUGCUGUUCAUUACAUGAUGCAACGAUUCAACUUGUCAAUAACUAUACAUUGAAUUAGAAUACAUAACAUGCUAUGCUGUUUUUACAACACUGACUUUUGUUCUGUGGAUUGUCUUCUUAUUUUUAGUUGGUUUGUCAUUAGAGAAAUGCUUUUGAGAGGGGUUGGUAAUAAAGCUGGUUCUGGGUUUUGUAAGAAG